AUGGCUCCACGCAUCUACAACGUUUCCGACUGGGCCCCGACUCAGGAGGCCAUCUACGACGAGCCGUCCUCUAGUUCCGCCAUCCAAGAAGACGAAGCCAGCGGACAGCAGCUUCAAACUACUAGACCAUCCUUUCAACAGCACCGCCUUCGCAGCAUGAGCCUCUCUCUCCCAUGGCGGCGCAAGUCCUUCAUGCUCCACGCCGAUACCGACCUGGCCAGCCAUAUGGAAGACCUUACUCUCGAGCGAUCACGAAGCCACGGCGGCCCCAGCAACGAGCAGAACCCGGCCCAGGGUACCAACGCGACAGCACAAGGCAAUGGAAGCAUCAAAGGAAUGAUCCGUCGGGCAUCAGUCUCGCUAAAGGGCAUCGUCCAUCACAAGCGACACUCCAUCGGCGGUGCUCACCACGAGAUCCCGAGUCAGCAUCACGGCCACCGCCCGACCACUUCGCACUCACACUUCCCCUGGCAACGCCUUCGUCAGGCUGCCAGCUUCCGCCACUCCAAGUCAUCCCAUGGCUUCGACGCCAACAGCGAGGCCUCCUCUUCCGGCCAGUGUUUCCCAUGUAUGCCCCUUCCCGGCAUCGGCGGAGAGCCUCCCGUCAUCCCGUACCACACGGGUGCCGCGGCGAAGGCUGCCGCCGCGGCGCAGAACCAGAUGUUGCAGAACAAGUGGCUUCGUGCUUCCCAGGACGAUUUCACCGACCGCGAGAGCGGUAUCGGCAUUACUGUCACAAGCGCUGAAUCAGAAAUCGAGCUGGAGGCGGAGGACGCCAAUAUCAGCAGGACAGACUUCAUUUCCCAGCUCCCAGUGGAGCUCGCCAUCCAAAUUCUCGCCCAUUUGGACGCCACGGCGCUCAACACCGCAAGUAGAGUUUCCCGCUACUGGCAGAGAAUGGUACAAAACCAGCACGUUUGGCGCGAGUCCUUCCUGCGAGAAAAGACGGGCACCUAUGCGACCAGUCUUCCCGUUCAGCCGGGGACCGGCCAGGGCGUGCCCGCCAUCACGCCCGGUGUCGACUGGAAGCAGAUCUACAAGUCCAAGGAAGAGCUUGACUUGCGAUGGAAAGAGGGAAAGGCGAGGCCAGUGUAUCUCAACGGGCACUUGGAUAGUAUCUACUGCCUGCAGUUUGAUGAAUCGAAGAUCAUCACUGGCUCUCGUGACAAGACCAUUCGCAUUUGGGACAUGCGGACGUUCGAAUGCCGACUUGUCAUCGGUCCUCCUGAAGUUGUCAACGACAUUUCUUUGCUGAUUGAUGAAGACGGCUUGCCCAUUCACUACGCGACCCUGCCCGACAACCCGCGCGCAAACCCGUCGACGCCUGCUCUGGUUUCCUUCCCGACUCACCACAAGGCGUCCAUCCUGUGUCUGCAGUAUGAUGAGCGCAUCCUGGUGACGGGCUCUUCCGAUUCGACCUGUAUUGUGUACAACGUCCGCUCUGGAUACCGGCCGAUUCGUCGUCUUCGUCACCACACUGCCGCUGUGCUGGAUCUCGCCUUCGACGACAAGCACAUCAUCACCUGCAGCAAGGACAUUAGCAUCUGCGUCUGGGACCGUGCUACAGGCCAGCUUCUUCGUCAACUUCGUGGGCACUCCGGCCCUGUCAACGCUGUUCAGAUGCGUGGAAACACCAUCGUCUCGUGCUCCGGCGACUUCCGUGUAAAGCUCUGGAACAUUGACACCGGCAAGAACAUCCGCGAAUUCCAGGGCCACACCAAGGGUCUGGCGUGCUCUCAGUUUUCCGAGGAUGGCCGCUACGUUGCGUCAGCCGGCAACGACAAGGUCAUCCGCAUUUGGGACGCCAACACGGGCGAGUGCCUCCGCGAGAUGAAGGCCCACGACAACCUUGUGCGCAGCCUGCACAUCGACUCCGUAAGCGGUCGUCUUGUCAGCGGCAGCUACGACACCGACAUCAAGGUUUUCGAUAUGGAGACCGGUCGGCAACUGCUCGACUUCCCUCGUUGGCACGCUAGUUGGGUGCUGAGCGCGAAGAGCGACUACCGUCGGAUUGUCAGCACCGGUCAGGACCCCAAGAUCCUGAUCAUGGACUUUGGCGCCGAUGUUCCGGGCAUCGACAACCUCGAGAGCGGCGGCGCUUGCAUGAUCGACGGAGGAUACAUCUAG